GGGAGGCGGAAGCGGGGCUGCCCCGGCUAAGAUGGCGGCGGGGGGCGGGUCCCGGAAGUGACGCUGAUUGCUCCCAGCCCGGCCGCAGCAUGGUGGAGAAGAAGGUGUCAGUGCGGUCCCAGGACCCCGGCCAGCGGCGCAUCCUGGACCGGGCCACCCGGCAGCGCCGCCUGAACCGCCAGCUGGAGGCGCUGGAGAACGACAACUUCCAGGACGACCCUCACGCCAACCUGCCCCAGCUGGUGAAACGCCUGCCCCAGUUCGACGACGACGCCGAGACAGGGAAGAAGAAGAAGAAGACCCGGGGAGAUCACUUCAAACUCCGCUUCCGGAAAAACUUCCAGGCGCUGCUGGAGGAGCAGAACCUGAGCACCAGCGAGGGCCCCAACUACCUGACAGCCUGUGCGGCCCCCUCCAGCCUGCCCCAGCGCCACUUCUGCGCCGUCUGCGGCCUCCCCUCCCACUACACCUGCGUCAGCUGCGGGGCGCGCUACUGCUGCGUGCGCUGCCUGGGCACCCACCAGGAGACCCGGUGCCUGAAGUGGACGGUUUAGCUCCGCCCGGGAUCCUGGAUCUUCACCCCAAGCCUGGGGGCCCCCGAUCCUGAUGUUCUGGGGGGCUCUGGACCUGCCUGUCAAUAAUCAUUCCAUCCCCUAGACCCUGUGUGUUCCCUUUGGGCCCACCGGCGUGGGCGGGAGCUCCAGCCCCAUAUGGUAUUCUGGGGGGGGGGAAAGGGCUAGAGCCAAGUGGAAGGGCACAGAUACAUCAUCCCCUCUAGAACUGAGAGUUCACUCUGUGACAUGGAGGGAGGGGAAACUGAGGCACACAGCAAGGGGCUGGGCAAGGAUCCCCCACAACAAGGAGAAGCCUGCGCAGGCCGCCAGGACGCCUGGGUUCUUCUCCCUGCUGGGUAAUUUCUUCCCCCCCUGGGCCUAGCUGUACCCGCAGGUGCUGGAUGAGGAUGGAUGGAAGGGAGUAGGGCCUAGGGGUUAGAGCACGGGGGGGGGACUGGAAGUUCCCCUCCACCCACCUCCUGCUCUAAUGCCUAGACCCCAUGUCCCUCCCAGAGCCGGGGAGAGAACUCAGGAGUCCUGGCUCCCAGUUCCCCCCUGCUCUAGCCCACCAGCCCCCCCCCCCCCCCCCGAGCCAGCGAGAGAACCCAGGAGUCCUAGCUCCCAGCCCCCCCCGCUCUAACCCAGCAGCCCCCACUCCCCGCCAGAGCCAGGGAGAGAACCCAGGAGUCCUGGCUCCCAGCGCCCCCUGUUCUAACCAACUAGCCAAAAAAAAUAAAAACAGUUUUGUGUGGA